UUCCGGUCCUUCUGCUGCCGGAAGAGAAAAGGAGCUGCAGGCGAGGGUUAAUCUCGUUCUUUGGCACUAUGGAUGCGCGUUUUACUCGUGGGAAGUCUGCUAUCCUUGAACGUUCACUCACCCGACCCAAGACAGAUGUAAGCCUCAGUGCCUUUUCCCUGCUGUUUUCCGAGAUUGUACAGUACUGCCAGAACAGGGUCUAUUCUGUCUCUGAGCUUCAGAACAAACUUUCUGAGCUGGGCCAGCAGGUGGGAGCUCGUAUCCUGGAUGUGCUGGUAAUGCGAGAGAAAAAUGGUAAGCGGGAAACCAAGGUCAUCAAUAUUCUGCUCUUCAUCAAGGUGACUGUUUGGAAGGCUCUCUUUGGGAAGGAAGCUGAUAAGCUUGAGCAAGCCAACGAUGAUGACAAGACCUACUAUAUCAUUGAGAAAGAGCCUCUUAUCAAUACUUACAUUUCAAUUCCCAAGGAGAACAGCACCCUCAACUGUGCUUCCUUCACUGCCGGCAUUGUGGAGGCCAUGCUCACUUGCAGUGGAUUCCCUGCUAAAGUCACAGCCCAUUGGCACAAAGGGACCACACUCAUGAUUAAAUUUGAUGAGUCAGUUAUCACACGUGACAAAGCGUUGGAUGGUCGUUGAUAUGUUUUGUAUAAAUAAAUUUGAAUUGUCCUUGUGUGUAUAUGUAUAUAUAGAGUAUGUAUAGAUACAUGCACACAUUCUAUGAUAAAAGUAAUUUAUUCCUAUGUACUUUGAAACCCUGAUUAUAUGCAAAUGGUAUUUGGUGAGGAAAAUCAAGAUCCAGCAUCAGAAAAAGUUACUCUGUUUAAUAAUGCCUUUUUCAACUUAGUUCUUGUCAGAUAAUCCUUGACUUCUAGGCAUUCUGUAAUCUCAGAUAUCUGGAGGAUAUCAGUCUGGGAAAGGCAAUAUAUUGCAUUUCUUUGUUUCUGUCCUGUUGAAGUUUGACAAUAUUAAUGAAACAAUGUAUGCUCUACCAUUAGAUUAUUUGCUUAUGCUGUUGUCCUUUUUACUUAGUUCUUUCAAUUAUUUGUGACUAUUGCAGCCAAUUUUCUUUGUGUACCUGAAAUAAGAAAUUGGACCUAUGUUGAUAUUUCAUCUAAAAUAUAUAUUUUUAGAGCUGUGGUCAAGAGUGAAGGUUUUGCCUAUUUCUGUGAAGUGUGCUUUUCACUGAUGAUGCUGUUUUUGCUCUGAGUACUAGGAGAUAAAUCUGCUUGACUAUCUACCUGCAGAGACGGAUAGAUUAUUAAGUAAAGCUCUUUUGAGAGUUGGGCCAAAAAUCACACACAUUUCCUAUCAACUUAAUCAGCCCUUCAUACAGCUCUUUCCUGCUAUAUUUUGAGAAAGGGGGGGGGAAAUAAUUACAACUGCAAUGUACAUGAUUAUCUCUCUUUUUAGAAAAAGUAAACGAGAAGACCAUGAGUAUAGACUUCAUACAGAACAGUAAGCUACAGCUUGCUUAUAUGGAUAGAAUGCAUGACGGGUACCAGGCUUGAGCAUUUUUUCAAGUUCAUGUAAACAACCCAAAGUUUUACAGUUAGUGCUUAAUAAUUAACCAGAAUUUCUUCAAUCAUAGUUUUGGGAGCAAAAUGAAAAUUAGUCCUAGUUAUUUCCUCUCCCAGCUGCAAAGUGGAGUGUAGACCAUUGUGUUUUCAAAUCUUGGCUUAAACUCUAUUCAUAUAUGUAAUUUUGACCAGCUUUACCCAGGACUGAUUUGUCAUUUAAUACAUCACUCUGUUCUUACUAUUUAAUGCACUUGAUGUUUUGGAGAAUUGGUUUACUGAAAAAAAAUAAACUUGGUGAAA